CGCAGAAUGGAACCCGAUGAUUCACAACUCAGUGAUAUUUUGAAAGAUGCAAGAAUACCCGAUUCGCAGGACAUCGGCGUAAAUUUGACACAAAAUCUAAGCUUCGACACUGUCCAGAAAAUGAUAGACGGAGUAUUCACUCCAAUAUUCAGUCAAGGGACUGAAGAUUCACUGGAAAAAGAUAUAUUAAAGACGCCUGGAAUUUCAACUAUCUAUAACGGAAUACUGGGCAAUGGCGAGGAAACCAAGAAAAGAACGCCAAAGAUUUCCGAUGCUUUCGAACCGGAUUUGAAUACUUCUGGAGAUGUAUUCGACAGUGAUAAAUCAGAAGAUGGUUUAAUGAAUGAUGAAUCAUAUCUAUCGAAUACAACGUUGUCGCAAGUUGUGCUCGACUCCCAAAAGUAUGAAUAUCUUCGAGUACGUACAGAGGAAGAACAGCAACUUGUAAUUGAGAAGCGUGCCAGAGAACGAUUUAUUCGAAAAUCGAUGAAAAUCGCGGAAGAAACAGCAUUAUCCUAUGAAAAUGACGGAUCGAGAGAGCUUUCUGAAACUAUGACACAGAAGGUUACACAAAUGGAUUUUACGGAAACAAAUGUGCCUUUUGAUGGAAAUGAUGAAUCAUCGAAUUUGGCUGUAAGAGUUCAAUCAGAUAUGAAUUUGAAUGAAGAUUGUGAAAAAUGGAUGGAAAUUGACGUUCUUAAACAGAAAGUGGCAAAAAGUUCAGAUAUGGCAUUUGCAAUUUCAUCGGAACACGAAAAAUAUCUUUGGACUAAAAUGGGAUGUCUAGUGCCGAUUCAAGUGAAAUGGAAAUUGGAUAAACGUCAUUUUAACAGUAAUUUAUCACUUAGAAUCAGGUUUGUGAAAUACGACAAAAAAGAAAAUGUCGAAUAUGCGAUUCGAAAUCCAAGAAGUGAUGUGAUGAAGUGUCGAAGUCAUACUGAACGAGAACAACAUUUUCCAUUUGAUUCAUUUUUCUACAUUAGAAAUUCAGAACACGAAUUUUCAUAUAGUGCGGAAAAAGGAAGUACAUUUACAUUGAUAAUGUAUCCAGGCGCAGUUCAGGCGAAUUUUGAUAUAAUCUUCAUGUGUCAAGAGAAGUGCCUUGAUUUGGAUGAUCGACGAAAAACGAUGUGCCUUGCGGUCUUUUUGGACGAUGAAAAUGGAAACGAAAUUCUCCACGCAUACAUCAAACAAGUUCGAAUUGUUGCCUAUCCACGACGUGACUGGAAGAAUUUCUGUGAGCGAGAAGACGCAAAACAAAAGGAUUUCAGAUUUCCCGAGUUACCUGCCUACAAGAAGGCGAGCCUAGAAUCGAUAAAUAUCAAACAAGAGGUCAAUCUAGAGAACAUGUUCAACGUGACCAAUACUACUGCACAGAUGGAACCAUCAACUUCAUAUUCAUCUCCAUCAAACAGUAAUAAUCGGAAGAGAUUUUUGAAUGAGUGUGAUUCUCCAAAUAAUGAUUAUACAAUGAUGCACAGAACUCCACCAGUAACAGGUUAUGCAAGUCGUCUUCAUGGAUGCGUUCCUCCGAUUGAAACUGAACACGAAAACUGUCAAUCUCCGUCGAUGAAGAGAAGUCGCUGUACCAAUUAUUCGUUUAGAACGCUCACUCUGUCGACUGCUGAGUAUACAAAAGUCGUCGAAUUUCUGGCACGCGAAGCAAAAGUUCCCAGAUACACUUGGGUUCCGACGCAAGUAGUCUCCCAUAUAUUGCCAACUGAAGGACUUGAAAGAUUCCUCACCGCUAUAAAAGCAGGGCACGAUUCAGUGUUGUUCAAUGCAAACGGAAUUUAUACAAUGGGGGAUAUGAUUAGAGAAUUCGAGAAACAUAAUGACAUCUUCGAAAGAAUUGGUAUCGAUUCUUCGAAAUUGUCGAAAUACUACGAAGCGUUUCUCAGCUUUUACCGCAUCCAGGAAGCGAUGAAACUGCCAAAGUAAAAAUCAUAUCACCACCUGGUUUAAUCGCCUAAUUUGUUUUCACAAUAUUCAUCCUUUUCAAAGCACCGCAUUUCUCACUAGAUACUCAAACUGACAUUUGUUCCUUUUUAUAAUCGCAUUUUUUCGUAAUAAAGUUUGUUCGUUUUAUCAAU